AUGCUGAUUGGCCAGGCCCGGCCCAGGUUAAUUUCGGUAAACGCCAAGCUCACCAUUCAGGAACAGGAAACCUCCAAACAUGGAAAAGGGUGGAUGGCUGAGGGGGAAAAGUAUCAACUAGGUAUCGUGGACACGACGUGUCCCCCCUCCCCACCCCACUCGGGGCUGCAAUUCGACUUGCAACUGUGGAAGAGUAUCGCAGGCGGUGGUCUCCCCUCCCCCGUCCAGGUCUUCCUUGGGGCCUUGGCUCUGUGCCCACCUUACCCCCCUUGGACUGGGUUCAACAUCCACUCGGGCUGGGCUGCGUCUGGCGGCCAGUCAGACGGUACUGGUCGAUACGGGAAAGCUCGACAGGAAAUAGACAAGAUGAAGUACUCGAUUGCCUUUACUCUGGCCGCGGCGGGCUCCUUCGUGGCUGCUCAGCACCACCACCAGCACCGUCACCACCACAAGCGUGAUGCCGACACCGUCAUCAAGUACGUUCUCGAUGGCAACUCCAUCUCGGCCACCGACGUCUGCCAGGGCAUCAAGGAUGGCUCUCUCGAAUAUAAGCCCGGCGAGCCUAGCCCUUCCGUGGACCCUUGCCAGGAGAGCACCGCCGCUACUUCUUCAGCGGCUGCUUCCGCUACGCUUUCCGUCGACGCCGCCGCCGAGUUUGUUGAGACCUCCGCCGCCGUCGCCUCCGCGACCACCAGCGCGGCUGCCACCACUACGCCUUCUUCCAGCAGCUCUUCCGGCUCCAGCGGCUCCAGCGGCUCCUCGAGCGGCACUGGCGUAGGCCGUGAUUUCCCCGACGGCGAAAUCGACUGCGGUACUUUCCCCUCCGAGUAUGGAGCUAUUUCUCUCGACUACCUGGAGCUGGGUGGAUGGUCCGGUAUCCAGUACGUCAGCAUCGUCGACGAGGUCAUCAGCGACAUCGUCACUGCCGUGACCGGCGACAAGUGCCACAACGGUGCUAUGUGCUCGUAUGCCUGCCCGCCCGGUUACCAGAAGUCCCAGUGGCCCAGCACCCAGGGCUCUACCGGUCAAUCCGUUGGUGGUCUUCAGUGCAAGAACGGCAAGCUCUACCUCACCAACAAGGACCUCUCCAGCAAGCUCUGCGUUGAGGGUGUCGGCGGUGUUCACGCCCAGAACAACUUGGGCGAGGAUGUUGCUAUCUGCCGUACUGACUACCCUGGUACCGAGGCCGAGACCAUUCCCCUCACCCUUGGAAACAACGACCUCCAGCCCCUCACUUGCCCCGACAGCAACUACUUCAAGUGGCAGCAGAAGGUUACCUCCGCUCAGUACUACGUGAACCCCAAGGGUGUGUCGACCGAGAAGGGUUGCCAGUGGGGUGACGGCAGCGAGGCCAUCGGCAACUGGGCCCCCAUCAACCUCGGUGUUGGCGAGAACAAUGGCAAAUGGCUCUCGAUCUUCCAGAACUCCCCCACCACCGACGAGAAGCUUGACUUCAACAUUAAGAUUAAGGGUGAUGACCUUGGUGGCUCGUGCAAGUACGAGGAUGGCACCUUCACUUCUGACACCGGUUCUAACGACUCUGGCUGCACUGUCGAGGUCCGAUCCGGCGAUGCCACCUUUGUCUUCUACUGA